AUGGUGAUCUCGCUCGUCGCAGCUCAGAAUCUCGAUGUGAAACUCAAGACCGGCACGUUUCGUGGAUUCACGGAGAAUGGGAUCGAAAAGUGGCUAGGCCUACAGUUUGCCCUUCCCCCGGUGGGGAAUCUACGUUUCAAGGCUCCAGUGCCCGUUAACACGACUAGCACUCGUGUUAAGAACGCGACAACGUUUGGAAACGCCUGCCCUCAGCCUGAUUCCAAUCUAGGAGCCCCCAUUGCUGAGGAUUGCCUUUACCUCAAUGUCUUCCGUCCACCUAAUACAAGGGCGGAUGCACGCCUGCCUGUCUUGUUCUGGAUACACGGCGGCCAAUGGACAACCGGCGCCGCUUCUAAGUCUCUUUAUGAGCCGUCCCGAUUACUGAAACAUAGUUUAUCAGCGAAGAAGCCGAUUAUUUUCGUUUCGACCAAUUACCGCAUGAACACCUUCGGCUUCCUGGCCAGCGCCUCCGUAGCUCCUCAGGACCUCAAUGCCGGCUUGCUUGACCAAAAUGAGGCAUUGCGAUUCGUUCACAACAAUAUUGCGGCCUUUGGUGGAGAUCCCUCAAAGGUCACGAUUUGGGGCCAGUCUGCGGGAGGUGGUAGUGUUCAAGCUCAUUUCAUAUAUCCUACCGGAGAGAACCUCUUUCGUGCAGGAAUAGGGGAAUCGGCGACAGGACCCAUCAAAAACUCUCCCAAUGCCAGUACUUACGAUAAACCUGGUCUUCCAUUCAGUCGAUUACUUGCCAAUACGGGCUGCGCUCCUGGUGCGGGUGCGCUAUCAUGCCUUCAACAAAUCCCAUUCCAGACUCUUUUGAAUAUUAGUAACCAGAUGAUUGAGGCAACCGUCAACACCCAGUUAUGGGAACCUAGUGUGGGUCCACCCGGUAGCUUGAUUCCCGAACGAGCUUCCCAUCGCAUCCGCCGAGGUGACUUCCGGCAUCUUCCUUACAUCGGUGGAACAAACAAUAACGAGGGAAGCAUCUUUGUGAGCUUCAUACAGGGACUCGGGGAUGUUCCGCCUGGAGCUCCUGAAGAUGCUGCCUUUAUAAAAUUCGUCAACCUACUGCUCAUUGACAACAGUACUCUCACCGACGAUGUCCUGAACCGGUUCCUGACUAUGUGGCCAGCGAAUGAUAGCUCUCUUGGAGUGCCAUUCAACACUGGUGACUCACUUUUCGACCGAACCGCGGCCUGGUAUGGAGACAACAUGUUCCAUGCCCCUCGAAGACUGUUCUUCCAACAUGGCGCUCCACUCAUGCCAAUGUUUGCGUAUAAAUUCAACGAAUUUAUACCAGGCAAUCCUCGGAUGUUCGGAGUGAGCCAUGCGAUCGAAAUUCCGUUGUUUCUCGGAAGUGCACCUCCCAGCGUGGAGAAUGAAUUUUCGAGCAAGAUGAUGGACUUUUGGGUAAACUUUGUUACUGAUCUCAAUCCUGGCCCGGAGUGGCCGAGGUACACAAACCAAACACUCUUACAGCUGAUGAGGGACAACAUCACUGUAAUCCCUGAUGUCUUCGACCUCGAAAAAACCAACUUCCUCCUCACGGAUGAGGUUCUGGAUGAAUUUGAGAAGUGA